UUCCACAGCGCUCACUCCUCCUCCUCCAUCUUCUGAGUGUAUCUCGCUACGCCGCGCGCUCCUUGGACGGCUGACGUCACGCGGACACGUGACAGGUACCCGAGCGCAGGCAAGUCCUCCUCCGUCAGUCCGGAGUGGUAGCUCCAUUAUGAAAGACUUAUCCUCCGCUGGGUCUGGAGCGGAGACGGCUGCUAGGUGCGCUCUUCAACCGGCCAAGGGAUCCUUCCCCUCACGAGACAUCCCCAAUAGAUGGCUGAAAGCCCCGGUGGAGACCUGCCUGUGUCUGCGCGGUGAAGAGAAUGUCCCAGAAAUCUUGGAUAGAAAACAGCUUCAGGAAGAGAGAAUGUAUCUACAUAAUUCCAAGUUCAAAGGACCCACACAGAUGCCUUCCAGGAUGCCAGAUAUGCCAACAACUUGUAAGAUGCUGCUGCGGCCGUCUUGUCAGACAGCAUGCCUGCUUCACAGCCAGUGUUGCUAUGAAGUACUCCGAUCUGAAACUAGGUGAAAAUUUCACAGGGGAGCAAGAAGAAUGGUCCGUCGAGAAACACACAGAAGAGAGCCCAACAGAUGCAUAUGGUGUUAUCAAUUUUCAAGGUGGAUCCCAUUCCUACAGAGCAAAGUAUGCUAGGUUGUCAUAUGACACCAGACCAGAAACCAUUUUGCAGCUAAUGCUAAAAGAAUGGCAGAUGGAAUUGCCCAAACUCGUUAUCUCUGUGCAUGGAGGAAUGCAGAAAUUUGAGCUUCAUCCCCGCAUAAAGCAAUUAAUUGGCAAAGGUCUCAUCAAAGCAGCUGUAACAACAGGAGCUUGGAUUGUUACUGGAGGAGUGAAUGCUGGUGUUGCUAAACAUGUUGGUGAUGCUCUCAAAGAACACGCUUCAAGGUCAUCUCGAAAAAUUUGCACCAUUGGCAUUGCUCCCUGGGGAGUCAUUGAAAAUCGGAAUGACUUGGUUGGAAGAGAUGUCAUUGCUUCUUAUCAAACAUUGUUGAACCCUCUGAGUAAAUUGAAUGUCCUCAAUAAUCUGCAUUCCCAUUUUAUUCUGGUGGAUGAUGGUACAGUUGGAAAAUAUGGAGCGGAAGUUAGUUUAAGAAGGGAACUAGAAAAAACAAUCAACUUACAACGCAUCCAUGCCCGCAUUGGCCAAGGAGUGCCUGUAGUAGCCUUGAUCUUUGAAGGUGGUCCAAAUGUGAUUCUUACGGUUUUGGAAUACCUGCAGGAAAGCCCUCCUGUACCAGUUGUUGUGUGUGAAGGCACUGGAAGAGCUGCUGACAUAUUGGCUUAUGUACAUAAACAAACUGAAGAAGAUGGGACACUGCCAGAAGGUGCUGAGCCGGAAAUAAUAUCAACUAUCAAAAAGACUUUUAACUUUAGCCAAUCUGAAGCCGUCCACCUCUUCCAAAUUGUAAUGGAGUGCAUGAAGAGCAAGGGAUUGAUCACUGUGUUUCACAUUGGAUCAGAUGAACAUCAGGACAUCGAUGUUGCAAUACUGACUGCUCUGUUAAAAGGAACAAAUGCUACUGCUUUAGAUCAACUGGUAUUAACUUUAGCAUGGGAUAGAGUUGACAUCGCCAAAAAUCAUGUUUUUGUCUAUGGACAACAGUGGCUGGUUGGUUCUUUGGAACAAGCCAUGCUGGAUGCACUUGUAAUGGACAGGGUUGCCUUUGUCAAACUUCUCAUUGAAAAUGGUGUCAGCAUGCACAAGUUUCUUACAAUUCCUAGGCUGGAAGAAUUGUAUAAUACUAAACAAGGUCCUACUAACCCAACUCUGUUCCAUCUAGUCCGAGAUGUAAAACAGGGUAACCUACCCCCAGACUAUAAACUUACACUGAUUGAUGUGGGCCUUGUCAUUGAAUAUCUCAUGGGCGGAACCUUUAGAUGCACUUACACAAGAAAACGCUUUAGAAUCAUCUACAACAAUCUUCAUGCAGGAAACCGGCGUUCUGGGAGAACCACUUCAAGCAAUACACCUCAAAUGCGCAAAACUCAUGAAUCGUUUGGAAGCCGAUCAGAUAAAAAGGAGAGAAUGAGGCACAAUCACUUUAUUAAAACUGCACAGCCUUACAAACCAAAGGAUGCCUCCACAGAUGAAGUGAAGAAGAAAAGGGUUAAAGAUGAGAUUGUGGACAUUGAUGAUCCAGAAAUGAAACGCUUUCCUUACCCAUUUAACGAGCUGUUAGUUUGGGCCGUUCUAAUGAAGAGACAGAAAAUGGCCCUUUUUUUCUGGCAGCAUGGGGAGGAGUCCAUGGCAAAAGCUCUUGUAGCAUGCAAACUGUGCCGCUCCUUGGCCUAUGAAGCAAAGCAGAGUGAUGUUGUGGAUGAUGCCUCAGAGGAAUUGAAGGAACAUUCAAGUGAAUUUGGGCAACUGGCAGUAGACCUGCUUGAUCAAGCCUUCAAGCAGGAUGAAACAAUGGCAAUGAAGCUUCUCACUUAUGAGCUAAAAAACUGGAGCAAUUCUACCUGCCUGAAGCUAGCUGUAUCAUCAAGGCUGCGCAAUUUUGUGGCCCACACCUGUACCCAAAUGCUGUUGUCUGAUAUGUGGAUGGGAAGGUUAAACAUGAGGAAGAAUUCCUGGUAUAAGGUUAUUCUGAGCAUUUUGGUUCCUCCUACAAUUCUAAUGCUUGAAUAUAAAACCAGGGCAGAAAUGUCCCACAUCCCACAGUCUCAGGAUGCCCAUCAAAUGACAAUGGACGACAGUGAGAAUAACUUCCAGCAGCUGCCAGAGAACAUUGCUAUGAAUGUAUUUAAGGAGGUCCAGGUUUUUGACGGUGCAGAAGUGAAGAAUGAAAUUGAGAUCCAGACAAGAACUCGAAGACUUCCUAUUGCUCAGAAGUUCUACGCCUUCUACCAUGCCCCAAUUGUGAAAUUUUGGUUCAACACAUUGUUCUAUUUGGCAUUUCUCAUGCUUUUCACGUUUGUUGUUUUGGUGAAGAUGGAAUCCUUGCCUUCGCCUCAGGAAUGGCUUGUUAUUGCUUACAUUUUUACAUAUGCAAUUGAAAAGAUACGAGAGAUUUUUAUGUCUGAAGCUGGCAAAAUUAACCAGAAAAUAAAAGUGUGGUUUGGUGAUUAUUUUAAUAUUACGGAUACAAUCGCCCUCAUUACUUUCUUCGUUGGGUGUGGACUGAGGCUUGCAUCAUACAAUGGAAGGUUAAUUUACUGUCUUAAUAUCGUAUUUUGGUACGUCAGGCUCCUUGAUUUUUUGGCUGUCAAUCAGCAGGCUGGACCCUAUGUUAUGAUGAUUGGCAAAAUGGUUGCAAACAUGUUCUACAUAGUUGUCAUAAUGGCUGUUGUGCUUCUGAGUUUUGGUGUCCCAAGACAAGCAAUUCUAUACCCAUUUCAAGAACCUAGUUGGACCCUUGCAAGGAACAUUGUUUUUCAACCUUACUGGAUGAUCUUUGGGGAAGUGUAUGCUUAUGAGAUUGAUGUUUGUGCCAAUGACUCAGAAGUCAAACCACUCUGUGGCACAGGAACAUGGUUGACACCAUUUCUUCAAGCUGUCUACCUCUUUGUACAGUACAUCAUUAUGGUGAAUCUUCUGAUCGCAUUUUUUAAUAAUGUAUAUUUACAAGUUAAGGCUAUUUCAAACAUUGUGUGGAAGUACCAGCGCUAUCACUUCAUAAUGGUGUACCAUGAAAAGCCUUUUUUGCCUCCCCCAUUGAUCAUCUUCAGUCACUUAUCUUCACUGUUCUGCUUUGUGUGUAACCGAAGAAAGAAGGACACGUCUUCCCAUGGACCAAAACUGUUUCUAACAGAGGAAGACCAAAAGAAGCUUCAUGACUUUGAAGAGCAGUGUGUUGAGAUCUAUUUCAAUGAAAAAGAUGAUAAAUUUCAUUUGGGAAGCGAGGAGAGGAUACGUGUUACUUCGGAAAGAGUGGAACAGAUGUGUAUACAGAUUAAAGAGGUUGGAGAUCGAGUAAACUACAUAAAGCGCUCUUUGCACUCUUUGGAUUCGCAGAUUGGACACUUACAAGAUCUUUCUGCUCUUACUGUGGACACCUUGAAAACUCUAACUGCACAGAAAGCAUCAGAAGCUAGCAAAGUUCACAAUGAAAUCACACGUGAGCUAAGCAUUUCCAAGCACUUAGGACAAAAUCUGGUGGAUGAUGGGCCACUCCGUUCCUCCAUGAGGAAGAAGCAGAGCAUUGGCAAUUUGUUUGGCUCUUCAUUUCCACAGGGUAGCCCUGAGGCAAAUAGUAAUUUACUGUUUAAUAUUUCUUUGAGGGAUGAAAGAAGUGUUUGGGGCAAAAAAGUGGCAGAAGAUCUUUUGUUUCCGCCUUGUAGAGAAAACCUUAAUAUUCCAGGGGCUGGUCCAUCUGGUGGUGCCUUAGUUUCUACUGUGGACUGUCCUGUAGAACUUCCAAACACACAGGGAGCCCAGUCUUUCAUUGAAAAUCAAAAUCCUGUCAACUUCACCAGUAGUGUGCCAAGCUGUGCUUCACCCUCUGCUACAUUUUUUGUCAGCACACCAACCCAGCCGAGCUCAAAAAAUCAAGUGGAUGUGGCAUCAAAUUUGGAAAUGCCUGUUCAGCAGAAAUCUGCUAAAGAAACUGAAAGUGCAAUUGAAUUUGGAGCUUUUGUUGGUCAUAGAGAUAGUAUGAUGCUACAAAAGCAACAGAAGAAACCGGAACUCCAAAGUAAAGGGGAAACAAACCCAGCUCAAACGCUGGACCCAUACCAUCCUUCUAGUCUGAAACAAGUAAGAUCCUGUGCUGGAUUCACGGAACUCAGUAAGAUCUCUCAGUCCUUGCGCUUAGACCAGUUGCACAGCAGCAGUCGAAGAGCAUCACUGACUGAGGAGGUGAUUAUUGCGGACUCCAAAGAGAUUUUUUUUGUAGAUUGGUUGCAAGCCCAGUCAUCAUCCCUGGGUAAACCCAUGCCUACAUCAGAGGAAGAUGCUUUGAAUGGUAUUGGCUCUCCUUUCAAGCCCAUUUCGGACAUCAGUUAUUGUUAUUCAGCUGUUGAAAGAAACAAUCUGAUGCGGCUGUCUCAGAGUAUUCCUUUCACCCCAGUGCCUCCGAAAGGUGAAUUGGUCACAGUGUAUCGCUUAGAUGAAAGUUCUCAAAGCAUACUGAACAACAGCAUGUCAUCGUGGUCACAGAGAGGGCUGUGUGCUAAAAUUGAGUUUCUGAGUAAAGAACAGAUGGGAGGCGGAUUGAGACGAGCUGUGAAAGUGGCCUGUACCUGGUCUGAGAAUGACAUCCUAAAGGCUGGGCAUUUCUAUAUCAUCAAGUCCUUCUUACCUGAGGUGGUGGAUACUUGGCUAGGGGUGUACAAGGAGGAUACCGUCCUUCAUCUCUGCCUUAAAGAAAUACAGCAGCAAAGGGCAGCACAGAAAAUGACAUUUGCAUUUAAUGCAAUGAAGCCAAAAUCUAUCCCAUACUCUCCAAGGUUUCUUGAAGUGUUCUUGCUAUACUGCCAUUCAGCUGGGCAGUGGUUUGCCAUAGAAGAGUGUAUGAACGGAGAAUUCCGCAAAUAUAACAACAACAACGGAGAUGAGAUUGUCCCAACAAAUAUGUUGGAGGAAACCAUGUUGGCUUUUAGUCAUUGGACAUUUGAAUAUACAAGAGGAGAGCUUCUAGUUCUAGACUUACAAGGUGUUGGAGAGAAUUUAACUGACCCAUCAGUCAUCAAGUCUGGAGAAAAAAGGUCAUCAGACAUGGUAUUCGGACCAGCAAAUUUAGGAGAUGAUGCCAUCAAAAAUUUCCGUGCUAAGCACCGCUGUAAUUCCUGCUGUAGAAAGCUUAAGCUCCCAGAUUUGAAGAGGAAUGACUACACCCCUGAUAAAGUCAUAUUCCCUCAGGAUGACCAUACAGAGUCAACGAACGAUCCUGAUGAUCCCACCAAAGAAACAAAACAGUCUAUUCGCCUGAUGCUGUAACUUGGAACUUACAAAUUCAUGAUAAUUCUCUCAUCCUGGCUCAAGGAGAUGAAGCUGGAUUUUGCACAUAUGUGCGUGCUGCUAGAAGUCUUUUGUUUUUAUUUUUUAGUAUUUUUUCUUUUUAAUUGCAUUUUAUAAAAGGACUUUUCCUUAAAGUUCCUGCCUUUGGUGUUAGCCCAGAUGUUGGCAGUCUAUCAGCCCAGAGUCUGUCUGCAGAUUCAGAAUGCCUUGUUGUUCAUUAGCUGAGAUGUCGCUGUGCUCCCACGCCUGUGCUAAGCCAUACAGGAGGUGAUCUGCCUGUGGUUAGGUCACAGAGCAGCCUUCUAUUCUGCAAGGCCUUCUUGUGGAGUUUAUGAAAUAUAUACCAAGUUAACUUUUAGCUGUGUAUACCUGCUAUCUUUUAUACAUUUCAAUUUUAUUGAUUCUUUAGUAAAGCCAAGAUCAGCAGACAACUCUUGUAAUAUAACCGAAAGGGGAAAGUCGCCCCUUCUAGUUGCCUUGUAAAGAGAAGUGCUUUUUAUCUUGUACAUUAUGCGUGCUUCAAAAGUUUUAUCUUCCAAAGACCUCAAUCUGUACAACAUGUAUAUCAAAUGAGAAUGUACACAGUCUCUUAUGGUUUUUAUCAUUGUAUUUAAACCCCUGUACAAAGAUAUUUGUUAUGUGGUACCUAUUUUAAUGAAUGACUAAAUUGUAAAUUAUGGGAGACUCGAAUACAGUUUAGCCAAUGAACUGUAACUUAAUUAUUCCUGAUGAGAGAACGUUUAUGUCCAGAGACUUUUGUUUGUUAGAGGUACUAAAUGCAGGUUUUACCUGCAGAAGCUAUAUGAAGUUCUAUACAUUUUAAAUCUGUAGUGUAUCUUAUAGAUACAACACUUAUUAAGGCACGAACAAAUUAGCUGUUAAAAUUUUUAUGUUGCUGGGGAAAGAUGAAAUAUACUGUAUACCUUUUUAUAUAUCAUAUACAUCUUUAAAAACCUGAAAUAAAUUUAUUCUUC